UGCGUACCAUGGAAGCAUUCAACAGCGUGUCUUCUUAUUUUGUGUAUCAAGAGAUGCGCAUGAUCCAUCCAUGGUGCCAUGAUGGUGAUUAAUCGGGCGGCCACAUCGCACCUCCGCGCAGCUUGCGUUCGGCCGAUUCGGCAUUGCGCGAAUGGUGCAUUCGGCUAGCAGUGCACGAUGGCCUAACAUUAAUCGCAGUAUUGGCCGAGGAAGAUCUGUACCGCCGGACAGCUGGAGGAACGCCGGCGGUUUCGCUACGCGGCAACCAUGGCCGAGGCCCGCGCCACUUGCUUGGAGCAAACGCGAGCCCGCGGCAGUCGUCGUCUCCUCUCCAAAACUGACAAGGAAAGAGCCAAUCGGUCGGAGUUACGGCGGGCCUCCACGCGCCAUCAUCUUGCCUCACAAAUGGACGAGGACAAAGCCGCGCGGUUGCUACACGCUCGAGAGGGCAAGAGGCGCGGCGGACAAACGGACUUGGCUGAGACCACUUGCUUUCGCCAAAUGCGGCUGCGCGCCGUCUCCGAAUCUGACCACGAAACAGACACUCGGUUGGAGUCCGCCGCGCAGUUAAAGGGGAAACUUCUAACAAGCCCCGAUGACCAUCUUGAAGCUUAUCCCUCAUCAGGAAGCACACAGCUGGAUCGAGAGAGGCACAUAAAGAUUUUACGCUGGAAAAGCUUGCUGGCUCCCGUCCCUACCAGUACGAAGAUGCCGCCUUCAAGACUGGAAUUUGGUGCCAUGCCAGUGAAUCGGUCAGGUUCGGCAGCUUUGCCUGCAAGAAAUGAACACAUUUCCAGUGCAACAAAUAUAAAAACCCUCCCGUAUGUGAUGACCUCUCAGUCAUGCCAGUUGGUACCAUCGUGUACGAUCACUGAAGCAAAGUGUACCAGUCCCAAGAUGCCGCUGCCAAGACCGAAAUCUGGUGGCACGUCUAUAAGCCAAUUAGCUUCGACAGCUUUGCCUGUGAGGGAAAAAAGCACUCCUAGUUCACCGAACUCCAGCAAGCUUCAGAGUCUGGCCAUGUCAUCCCAGUUGAAACCAUUGUGUUCUGUUGGUGAUCCAAGCUUGCCCAAUGAGUCUCCGCUGUUGUUUGUUGCACCUUGCAAUCCCGAGACGGCAUCCUCUCCAUGUGAAGUGCUCUCUUUGUCGACACAUGCAAGCUCUUGUGAUGCCAACAUUCCAGGUGGACCAGUGGUUGCAUUCGAUUCCCCCAGCAGUAAUGUGACAGACACCGCAAACGAAAUCGAACCGCUAUGUCCACUGGUUGGCACAAGGUCACAUGGUAUUCAACUUUCAAGUGUGCCCACCACUCUACUGACCACUCCCUUUGACUACAAUACACAGUCGUCCCAACCUGCGGCAUUUAAUUUCCCACAUGAAUUGAGCUCAAGUGAGCCCCAGCAGCCCUCAAGUGCACCUGCAGUUGUGUUCGUCACUCCCAGUGCUGCUAUGCAGUUGUUACAGUCGGCGCUGUUGUCUUUGUCAGGUGACCCUGAACUUGCAAAUGUGCCCAGACUCACCACCCCAUGCCAGACUGAGGUGCUUCAUUGUGGCACACCAGAAACCAGUGUUACGUUUCUGGUGCCAGUGAAGCCAGUAUUUGCUGCUGAACGUCCAAGUCUCACGAAUCUCCAGGCUACACAGUGCAAGCCCAACACCUACAGAGUGCCUAGUGUGAGCCGUCCACUCAAGGCUGGACAUCGCCGUAUUGUGAAGGCCACGGAAGGCACCCAAACUCCCACAACAAUGACACAUAGUAUGAUUACGCAGACAAAACCAAAGAAAUUAAGGAACCAAGGUACAAAUACAAGCCCUGAGGAGCAUUCUUGAGAGUGUGCACCAAAACAAGAAAGCAGUCGUCCACCUGAUGCUGAGGGGAUGGGACGUCAAUUCUACCUGAAUGAAGCAAGCCACCAUCAAGCCCAUCAAGCAGGCAUCCGCUGAUUUAGUACACUAAGGAAUGUCUUGCCUACCAACAGCUGCAUCGUCUGAGCUAUCAUCUGGUGAUGCCUAACACUACCAUCAAGAAGUUAGUGCGCGGAGAGCGUGUGAGAGGUAGCUCCGACCGUAUUUCCUUGGCGAAAGCAA